AUGGCAUCUGAAAGUUUCCAGUACCGGGCGGUCUUUGAGUACAAGAGGGAGCGAGGAGACGACAUCAGCCUCCAGCCGGGGGACCUGCUCAACGUCCCCAAGGCCUCGCUGGUGGCGGCGGCGGGACCGGAGUACCAGGAGGGGGACGAGCGGAGCCCCAAGGGUUGGAUGCACGGGAUCAACGAGAGGACCAAAGAGAAGGGAGACUUUCCGGGGACUUUUGUGGAGUACGUCGGGGCGGUGAGGGUCGGCCCUGCUGCGGCCAAGUCCUGGCCCAGGCCUGUACCACCGACUCCUGGAGGGCCACAGACCAGCGUGGGGCCUCAGCCUGCUGGAGCAGCUGCAGCUUCAGGAGCGGAGGCAGAGAUUCUGUCUGAAGCGGCUCCAGCGGUCGUUUGGAGACUCAUCGACGCCAUCGAGAAACACGCUGUGAGCAGUGAGUCUCUGUACCGAGCUCCUCCAGCCUCCGGUGGACCUGCAGAGCUGCGACAGGCGCUGGACUCAGCAGAUCUGGUGUCGUUGGAUCUGGACCAGUACGAUGUGGUUUCUCUGACUGACGCUCUCAGAGGAUUCCUGCAGGACACGACCGCCCCAAUCAUCCCCGCCACAGUCUACAGCGAGCUGGUCUACACCGCUCAAGGUACGGCUACAGCAGAGGGGUCUAACUCAUUCUCUUUCAAGGGCCAUAAACAGCCCGAUUUGAUUGCGGAUGUGAACCCCGAGCAUCAUGUCAGGAUCUUGGAGGCUUUGAUCGCAACAGGAGGUCUAAUGGAGAUGCAAGCUGCUCCAGCUCUUCCUCCAAAGCCAGCGAAGCCCCAGCAGACCUCUUCGGUCGGGGUGGGAGGUGUCAGUAGUAAUGGUGCCAAGGAUGGAGGAGGUGGAGGAGGUGGAGGAGGAGGAGCAGGAGGGUCGCUGCAGGAGGCAGAGUGGUACUGGGGAGACAUAUCCAGGGAGGAGGUGAACGAUAAGCUCAGAGACAUGCCUGAUGGGACUUUCCUGGUUCGGGACGCCUCCACAAAGAUGCAGGGUGACUACACGCUCACACUGAGGAAAGGAGGCAACAACAAGCUGAUAAAGAUCUACCACCGAGACGGGAAGUACGGCUUCUCGGACCCGCUGACGUUCGGCUCGGUGGUGGAGCUCAUCAGCCACUACAGACACGAGUCUCUGGCUCAGUACAACACCAAACUGGACGUCAAGCUCAUGUACCCCAUCUCCCGCUUCCAGCAGGACCAGCUGGUAAAGGAGGAUAAUAUUGACGCUGUGGGGAAGAAGCUGCAGGAAUACCACAAUCAGUACCAAGAGAAGAGCAAAGAGUACGACAGACUGUACGAAGAAUACACAAAGACGUCGCAGGAGAUCCAGAUGAAGCGGACGGCCAUCGAAGCCUUCAACGAGACCAUCAAGAUCUUCGAGGAGCAGUGCCACACGCAGGAGCGCUACAGCAAGGACUACAUCGAGCGUUUCCGGCGCGAGGGCAACGACAAAGAGAUCGAGCGGAUCAUGAUGAACUACGAGAAGCUCAAGUCUCGGCUCGGAGAGAUCCACGACAGCAAGGUGCGGCUGGAGCAGGACCUGAAGACACAAGCCAUGGACAACCGCGAGACGGACAAGAAGAUGAACAGCCUGAAGCCUGACCUCAUACAGCUCCGCAAGAUCAGGGACCAGUAUCUAGUCUGGCUAAAUCACAAAGGAGUUCGACAGAAACGAAUUAACGACUGGCUGGGAAUCAAGAACGAGAACACUGACGAAGGCUACUUUGUGACCGAGGAGGACGAGAACUUGCCUCACUACGACGAGAAGAGCUGGUUCGUUGGAGACCUGAACAGGACGCAGGCCGAGGAGCUGCUGAUCGGGAAGCCGGACGGAGCGUUCCUCAUCCGGGAGAGCAGCAAGAAAGGCUGCUACGCCUGCUCCGUCAUCGUUGAAGGCGAGGUGAAGCACUGCGUCAUCUACAGCACUCCUCGAGGCUUCGGCUUCGCUGAGCCUUACAACCUGUACAGCAGCCUGAAGGACCUGGUGCUCCACUAUCACCAGACCUCCCUGGUGCAGCACAACGACUCGCUCAACGUGCGCCUCGCCUACCCCGUCUACGCACAGAUGCCCUCCGGACGCAGAUGA